CGGUAGUUUGUCUGCUAUUUAGUGGCAGUGAAAAUAAAAAGACAAAGGGGAGAGGGAGAGAGAAAGAGAGGGAGAUUUGGCCUUGACUUCCCAAUUUUGGCUUUUUUUUCUUUUUUUCUUUUUCUUGUUGCGUCAGAAUUCAGGAAUGGGUGUCUUUGCUUGAGGAAAAGCAAGGCCUUUGGAAGAUCAUACUUGUGCUCUGAACCAUAGUGGUUGCAAUGCAAAAGAAGGUGGUUUUCUUGGGCUCUAAUGCCCGUGCUCUCUAAAUCUGUCGGAGACGGUCAUUGACUGAUUUCUAAUUUGACUAUUGAAGAAACAUGAAGAUUGGAUCAAAGAAAGGAUGGAAAUCCAUUAUGCCUCUUCGUUUGAAAAGCAAAUCAGCCACCCGUUUUUGUCUGUUUCCUAAGGUGAAGUCAACUAGCUAUGGUCCAGGCAAUGCACCAGUCCAUCUCAAUGUGUAUGACUUGACACCCAUGAAUGGCUAUGUUUAUUGGGCAGGCUUUGGUAUCUUUCACUCUGGUGUGGAAGUUCAUGGUGUAGAAUAUGCAUUCGGAGCACAUGACUACCCCACGAGUGGCGUGUUUGAGGUUGAACCUCGGCAGUGCCCAGGCUUCAAGUUCAGGAAGUCAAUAUUCAUUGGGACCACAUGCUUGGACCCUAUUCAGGUGAGAGAAUUCAUGGAGCGCGAGUCAGCAAGCUACAAUGGUGAUACAUAUCACUUAAUUGCCAAGAACUGCAACCAUUUCUGCAAGGACAUAUGUUACAUGCUGACAGGAAAACAAAUCCCAAAAUGGGUAAAUCGACUGGCAAAAAUAGGUUCAGUAUGCAACUGUGUCCUUCCCAAAGCCCUCAAGAUCUCUGCUGUAAGGCAUGAUCCUAGUUGCCAACUGUAUGAUAGUGAGAAGAAAAGGCUAAGAAGUGCCUUCAGUUGCCUGUCUUCUAUCUCCAUGCGGCAAAGGCAAUUGUCAACAUCUUCGAUGUUUCUACAAUCACCCUUGAAAGGCUGCUUACCGCCAUGGGAAUUGAGAAGGUCCAACAAUGGUUCCUUGAAAGAAAGGUGAGAAAUUGCUUCGGGGGUAUGUAAUUCUUGAAUGUUUUUGAUACAUUAACCGGCUUCACUAGCUUGCUAAGGGAAAUUUGUUUUGUUCGCAAAGCCCUUGAAGGCUUGCCGUCCCUUAAAUUUCUUCUGAAUUUUUAGUAAAGUUUGUGGGGGUGAUGCUUGUCAUUGUUGUAACGCUACUCUGCUGUCAAAACUACUGAGAAGAUACCAUUCAACUCUUCCUUGACACAGAAGAAACCGUAAAUAUAUCAAAGCAUUGCCCUCCUUUAGCGGGUACAUUGCAUUUCUUAA